AUGGAGGGCUAUGAUGCUGUGGUUGUUGGUUCUGGAUAUGGAGGUUCUGUUGCUGCAUUUCGGCUUUCGAUGGCGGGUUUCAAAGUGUGUCUGCUUGAGAAAGGAAGAAGAUGGGAAGCUCAGGACUUUCCCAGGGAUAGUUGGAAGAUACUUUCAUCUGUCAGGGUGGAGAAAGGAGGGGUCAAGAUUGGCCCAAAAGAUGCUUUAUUUCAGAUUCAUCAAGAACAGGACUGUCUGGCAGCAGUGGCCUGUGGACUAGGUGGAGGGUCACUUGUGAAUGCAGGAGUGAUGCUUCCAACCCCUGCAAGCACACGAAGAAACCCGAAAUGGCCUAAGGAGUGGGAGACCGAUUGGGAGUUCUGUCAAGCGUCUGCUGCAGCCAUACUAAGGAUACAGACAAUCCCCGCCAAGUUUCAGACCGCGAAAGUCAUGGAUCAAGUGCUCCGCGAGUGCCUUGACAGUAGUGCUGACGCUCCUCCGUUGAAACUUAGCGUGAACUUUGACAUGGAAGAUCAUCACCUUCCCUCAAAAACGCCUCGCCAAAUGGGCACCUGCCUCGCCUGUGGGAAUUGUCUCGCGGGGUGUCCAUUUGGUGCCAAGAAUUCCACUGAUAAGACUUAUCUGGUCUCUGCUGUCCAGGCAGGAUGUACUAUAAAAACAGAAUCUGAAGUUCAGUUUAUUGUGAGAAACCAAGAUGACAUUUGCAGACAACAUAUGACUGACACAACAAGGAAAAGAAGGUGGCUUGUCUUCCUAGAUGAUUACAACUACAUAACAUCCGAUUUCAUUAUACUUUCAGCUGGAGUUUUUGGCACGACGAAGAUACUUUUCAGGUCCCAAGCGCGAGGCUUGAAGUUCUCAGAGAGGCUCGGAUCAGGGCUGAGUUGCAAUGGCAACAAUGUGGCUUUCCUGGCUGGAAGCUCAGCGCCUUUAAAUGCUCGUGGCUUGAGCAGCAAGAACUUUUCGAGUGUACCUUUUAAAGAUCGCCCAGGGCCAUCCAUUUCUUCAUCAUACAUUUCUUCUUUGGGGUUCACUAUACAGAGUGCCGUUGUGCCAUCUGCUUAUCCAAGCGGGCUGUUCAAAGGAAUCACGACGUAUAUAUGGCCAUCUCGAGACUGGUUCCUUUACUGCAUCAAAGACAAGUUACAACGUUUUUUUAGACUAAAGGAAGGCCAGGAAAUGGCUCUGAAUGUGAUGGGGUGUGAUGAGAGUGAUGGGGAAAUCACUUUCAAGAAAGAGACAGAAUCCAUCUGUUUCAGAUCUCCCCGGGACCCUCUACUACCCCGAAAGAUCGAAGCUCUACACAAGAUCGCAAAGAAACUAGGCGGGUGUCUGUUCAUGUCAAGGUUCAGGAGCACAUCAGUGCACCUUUUAGGAGGCUGCAACGCUGCACCAGAUGCCUCAGGUGGUGUCUGCAACCGCAAUGGUCAAGUUUUCGACGCCAAAUCUGCAAAAACUGUGCAUCACGGCCUUUAUGUCUGCGAUGCAUCCUUAAUUCCUUGCUCUGUUGGUGUGAAUCCAUGCCUCACCAUUGCCACAAUCGCGGAACUUGUGAGCAAGGACUUAGUUCGGGAUGCUCUCGGGUACCAAUCUGAGAAAGAACCUGAAUUGUCUGAUCAGUUUUGGGUCACUAAACCAGACUCAAACUAUGGACACUCUGCUGAGAGUGAGACAUCCUCUGUGGACAUUAAGGAAACCAUGACAGGUCAAAUUGCAGGUAUGCCUUGUUCUGCAUUUCUUAAACUGAGAAUAGGUUGUGGGAGCUACAAAGAUUGUGCUGCUGGCUCAAAACAUCAUAGUUUUUCGCGAGGAAAAGCCGGGGGAUACCUAGAAUUCAGAACUGUUGAAAUGGACAGAAUGUAUGUAAUACAUGGAGAAGUGGAUUUAUGUGGAACUGAUCCAAAAACUCCAUACACUCAGUACAUGCAUUAUCACCUUCUCCUUGGAGCUUCUUCUGGUUCAAGGUAUGUUCUUGAAGGAAAGAAAGUAAUGAAUCCUUACAUGCUGGGAUUGUAUGCAUGGAAAGAGUCCACCACCAUGCAUGUAACAUUCAGAAAGAUUUCAGACAGUGCUUCCAUGGAAGAAAAUCAAGAAAUGAUGGCUCUUAAAGGAAAGCUGCAUAUUUCCUUCAUGGGAUUCCUAAAGGCUGCCAUUUCUGUGAAGGGUAACAGCAGACUGAUGUUCUUAUCUGCUUUCUUGCAAUCUAUGCUAAGAACAUACAUCCUGCAAAUUCCACGACGAAAUCGAAACAUCUUGGCAGCAUCAGAACUGCCUGAAAGGCAGUACCCUACAAGUACCCUCCACAAGAUUAAAACAGAAGAUGGAUUUAUCAUCAGUUGCAGACAGUGGAAGUGUUGUCAAAGUGAGUGGGGGCUUGAAGAAGGGAGAAAACUGUAUCCAGUCCUCCUAAUCAAUGGCUACUCCACAGAAAGUUUCUGGUUACCAACUGAACCAAAUGAUCUUAUAAGAACUUUGCUUCAAGAAGGGCAUGAAGUGUGGCUUCUGCAAUCAAGAGUGCACCCUUUAAACUCUUCAAACAGCUUCUCCAUUGAAGACAUUGGCAGAUUUGACAUACCUUCUGUGAUUGAUACAAUCUUGGAGGUGCAUGGGGCAUCAAUGAAGAUACAUGUUGUAGCACAUUGUAUUGGAGGCCUAGCCUUUCAUAUUGCAGUAAUGGGAGGCCAUGUUUCUGCCAAGCAAAUAGCUUCCCUCUCUUGCACCAAUUCUUCCAUGUUCUUCAAGAUAACCACAUCUUCACUUGUCAAAAUGUGGCUUCCUCUCAUCCCUAUAUCCAUGGCGAUUCUAGGCAACAACAAGACCUUACCCAUGUUCCAAUCCUCAAACCUCAACACAAGACAAACUCUCCUCAAAUCACUAGCAAGAUUCCUGCCACGCUACGAGAGAUGCACCUGCGACGAAUGCGAGGUCUUCUCCGGCAUCUUCGGCAACGCAUUCUGGCACGACAACGUCACCCAAACCAUGCACUCCUGGCUAAACAAAGUGAGCUUGCCCUCCCUUCCCAUGGCGGCCUUUCCUCACCUCAGAAAGAUCUGCAAAUCCGGCCACAUAGUAGACGCCCAAGGGAACAACUCCUACUUAAUCCACCCGGAAAGAAUGGCGCUGCAUACCCUUUACAUCUCCGGCGGCCGGAGCCUUCUCGUGACACCGGAAACCUCGUUUCUUGCUAAUAAGUAUAUGAAGAUGCACCGGCCGGAGUUUAGGCAUGGACGGGUGGUUGUUGAGGGGUUUGGGCAUUCUGAUCUCUUGAUUGGAGAAGAGGCUGAUAAGAAGGUUUUUCCGCACAUUUUGGAGCAUAUUGGGUUGGCUGAAAAUGGGAGGAGGUUUGGGAAAGGAAGGAAUGAUUGUAACAAUGGAGGUUUGGAUUGGGGUGAUGAUCCAUAUGAGGAUGAAGAUGAUGGCAUAUAG